UCUUUUUCGCUUUCUGCCAUAAGGGUGGUGUCAUCUGAGCUAAUAGGCCUUUCAAUACUUCUGCCUUUGUAUUGAGAGUUCUCAUUGGUCUCCAGUUAGGGAGAACGCGGGAUCUAGGGUUGGGAAAACGCUGAAGGGAACCCCAGUAGCUGAGCCGGGCUGGAGCUGGGCGCCGCAAGUACCCCCACCUGGCUGGGCGGAUGGUCCCAGAGCGCCUGCUUCCGCUCUGCGGGUCAAGCCCAGCUUGACUCUCAUUGGCUCACGGAGGUAAGUGACAGACUCUAGAGCCAAUGGAUGGUAAAAGCUGCCCGCCGCCAGCCUAGUACGACUGCGGCACGUUGGGCAGACCCACGAGAGUUAAGAGCGAGCUGCGGCCGCCCCAGACUGAAAAGGACAGGCAGCACUCGUCCCUGGGGUCGCUCGUAGCCGACCCCUUAGUUCUUUGUGAAUGUCCCCCAGAUGCUUUUAAUACGGGCUCCACGGCCCCGUGCGAGUCUGCGGGGGGCGGGACCAUCUGGUCCAACCUCGGUUUCGAGCCACGCCCGCUGGAGGUUUGGCCCACUCCUCGCCCGGGGCCUCCUGGGCCUAGCGGAGGCCUCGGGACCGGUUCGACCGAGUUAGGACUGAACAGGCCGCGGCCAGAAUUGCCCGAACCCAGGCAGCUGCAGUGUCUCCCAAGGAAGAAUCUCUCCGGGUUCUUGCCCUAACCUUCCGUCUCGCCGGCCGCUCCAGUCAGGUCGCAGCCAGCCGAGGGCGCUGCGAGGCAUGGACGAGGAGCAUCGCGGGACCUGGUUCGGCUUCGGUUUCUGCGGCUUCGGGCAGGCGCUGGGCUCGGGGCUCGGGCGCCAGGUACACAGCCCCGAGCCGCUGAGGACGCCGGGCGGCAACCUCGACGUCUGCCGCGUGAGCGCGAGCUGGAGCUACACCGCCUUUGUGACCCGUGGAGGCCGGGUGCAGCUGUCGGGCGCCGCGGGCGGCACGGCGGGCGGAUGCACGGACGCGUGGGCGUCGGAGGAGCUCCUGGUGCUGCUGCGCGCGGGGCCGGGAGCCGGGGCGGAGCUGCAGGCCUGGGCGCCGGGUUCGGCUCUGCGCGGAGAGCCCCUCUGGUCCCAGGCCGUGCAGGAGGCGGAAGGCGGACCCAGCCGUGAUGAGACCCAGGCGGGGCCGCUGCCGCUGCUGCCCUGCACUCGCGCCUACGUGAGCCCGCGGCCACCCUUUUACCGGCCUCUGGCCCCCACGCUGCGGGCACGUCGCCUGGAGCUGGGCGCCGAGCACGCGUUGCUGCUGGACGCCGCGGGCCAGGUGUUCUCCUGGGGCGCGGGCAGGCAUGGACAGCUGGGCCACGGGACCCUGGAGGCCGAGCCGGAGCCCAGGCUGUUGGAGGCGCUGCAGGGCCUACCCAUGGCUGAAGUCGCCGCAGGCGGCUGGCACUCUGUCUGCCUGAGUGAGACAGGAGAUAUUUAUAUCUGGGGCUGGAAUGAAUCGGGGCAGCUGGCCCUGCCCACCAAGAGCCUGGCAGAAGAUGGAAAGACAACUGCAGGAGCCUCAGGACUGGAUGAAGAUGGUUCUGAAGUAAAGAGAGUCUCUACGGGUGAGGAUGGAGCCCCUGCCCCCUUCAUAGCAGUCCAGCCCUUCCCAGCUUUACUGGACCUCAGCCCGGGCUCAGAGGCAGUCAAGGUCAGCUGCGGAUCCCGGCACACGGCAGUGCUGACAAGAACGGGGGAGCUCUACACCUGGGGCUGGGAUCUAGGCACACUCAGAGGGGCAGAGCUCAGAGAAAUAGGAAGUAUCAGUAUUUCCUAUUUACCUUUCUGAAAAAGUAUGUGUCCCAAUGGAAUAUUUCGCUAGCAUUUCUGAGACCUCUUUUGGUCUGGCCCCGGGAAGAGAAAAAGGUAGAAUGAAAAUCUCUGAGCAUCUGAGCUUGGGAGUGGGGAGCCUGGAUGAUUUGCCCGGCUCUGUGGUGCUGGUCUGAACUCACAGAGCAGACACCAGCAGGGUGGUGGCCUAAGCCCAGCGCUUCAGUCAAUGGGCUCCUCCUUCCUGGAGGGGAGAAGUCACAGGGCCCAGCAGAGGAUGGCAAAGGGGCUCAUUUCACUUUAGGUAAAUAUGGACAGCUUGGCCACAAGGACACAACCACUUUGGACCGGCCCUGCCGUGUGGAGUACUUUGUAGAUAAGCAACUCCAAGUAAGAACUGUGAGCUGUGGGCCCUGGAACACCUAUGUGUAUGCUGUGGAGAAAGAGAAGAGCUGACCUAUGGAUAAGGGUAUAAAAUAACAGUAGAGUGGAAAAUUAUAAAGCCAACACCUGUGAAACUCCCCACAGGGCAAGGAAAACCACUGCCAGCACCCAGAGGCCUCACCUUUGCCCCUCCCGUUCACAGCCCUCUUGCUCCACCUUAGAGCAGGUGGCAUCUUCAACUUUGUCCCCCCAUUAGAAACACCUGGAGGGAACUCCCUGGUGGUCCAGUGGUUAGGACUCUGCGUUUUCACUGCUGAGGGCACAGAUUCAAUCCCUGGUCAGGGAACUAAGAUUCUACAGGCUCCAGGGUUUGCUGUGCCCCACACUCCCAGAAAAAAAGAAGCACCUGGAGAUGUGUAACUGGAUGCCUAGAGACGGCAUCAUGAAGAGAAAGUGAAAGUCGCUUAGUCAUGUCGGACUCUUUCGACCCCGUGGACUACAGUCCAUGGAACUCUCUAGGCCGGAAUACUGGAGUGGGUAGCCUUUCCUGUCUCCAGGGGCUCGUCCCAACCCAGGGAUCGAACCCAGGUCUCCCGCAUUGCAGGCAGAUUCUUUACCAGCUGAGCCAGGGCCAGCACCUUAGACAUGAUGAAAUCGUGAACUUAAGGGUGUAGAACAUAGAUGUGGGUAGAUUUUUGAAGGGCUUCCCUAGUGGCUAUGACAGUAAAGAAUCCACCUGCAAUGCAGGAGACCUGGGUUGAAUCCCUUCCUGGGUCGAAUCCCUCCCUGGGUCAGGAAGAUUCCCUAGAGAAGGGAAUGGCUACACGCUCUGGUAUUCUUGCCAAGCUGCCCCAUCCCAGGUGAUUUUUGAGGUAGUGCUAAGACUGGGAACCGCUAGAGGUCAUCUUUUGUCUAUUCAUCUGGACUGUUUUCGCUUUGAAUCUUACCAUUCCAUGUAUACCUCUUUAUACAGUAAAAUUUGUCUGCUUUUGAACUUUA